AUGGCUGGGUAUGCCGGAAUCCCCACGGUGGCUGGUGCUGGUGGGGAGGGUGAGGGAGGCUGCGGAGGAGCACAGUUCUGGAAGGGUCCAACUGGGGGAGGCUUAUCUGGGGGCGGUUUAUCUGGGGGUGGUGGAGGGAUGGGUUUGCGGAAGGGGGGGAUGUUGGGGGGAGGGAAGGGCAGGGGGGUGGGCGUGGGGGUGUGGAGGGAGCUGGUGCGGCCGAAUGAGGCGGUGAAGCAGAUGCUCAUGCUGGCCGUGGGGGCUGCGUUCUACCAGCAGGCCACAGGCGUCCCCACCAUGCUCUACUACACACCUGAGCUCUUCGCAACGAUGGGUCUCACCUCCUCUGCUGCCAUCCUCUCUGCCAGCCUCGCGGUGGCCCUCGCUUGCACGCUCGCCUCGCUCGUCCCCAUUGCUCUUCUGGACGAGAUUGGGCGACGGACACUGCUGCUCAUCAGCACAGCAGGCAUGACCAUCGCCCUGCUAGCUCAAGCGAUAGUCCUCCACACAAUGAACCUCGGUGGAGAGUUUGACAUCUCUUCAGAAAACCCCUCCUCCUCGUCCCCGCUCACCCCUCUCGUCUCCCGCCCAUUCCAAUCCAACGCCGCUGCUCUCUCCGUGAUCGCCGCAGCAAACCUAACUGUGUUCUUCGCUAUAGGCCUCUCCCCCAUCUCCACUCUCCUCCCUCCGGAGAUUUUCCCCCUCCGGUUACGAGCCCAAGGGACCGGCCUUGCUGUGGCAGUCAGCAGGCUGGUUGCGGCGGCUCUUUCCUCGUCGUUUCUGAGCCUUGUUGACGCGACGAGCCCCGGGUUUCCGUUCUUUGUGUUUGCGGUGCUGUCGGCGGCUGCGGUUCCGUUUCUGCAUUCCUGUAUGCGGGAGACGAGAGGGGCGAAGCUUGAAGGUGCUUCGGCGCUAUUUGAGCCGAGUUUGGGCGGCGGAGUGGGGACAGGAGGGGGGAUGUGGGGGGGAGGAGGGGUGGGAGGUGCGGCUGGGGCGGGAGAGCAGGGUGCUGUGAUGGAUGGGCAUGGGAGAGCGAUUGGGAGGAGGGCAAGGAAUGUGGGAGGAGGAGAUAGGGCUUCAACCAGUUGA